AUGUCCGACGCCGCAACCGCCCUGCGCGCCAAACAAGCGCCCCUCAAAGAAUCCUACCGCAGCGACCCGUCCGCCGCGCUCGUCACGCUCAAGUCAUCCGGCACGCUCGACGGCAGCAGCAUAACCUGCAAGCUCUCGACCGGCGCCGCGGCCGCGCAGGCGCGAUCCAAGAUCGCCGGGCUGCACCCGCGCGCCGGCGGCGACGACCCGGCCAUAUCAGGCGAGCUGUGCAGCGGCGAUAUGCUGCUCGAGGCUCUGGUCGCCUGCGCCGGCGUCACCCUCAAGGCCGUCGCCACCGCCCUCGCCAUCCCGCUCAAGGCGGGCACCGUCCACGCCGAGGGCGACCUCGACUUCCGCGGCACCAUGGGCGUCGACCGCGAGGCCCCCGUCGGCUUCAAGGCCAUCCGCCUCGGUUUCGAUCUUCAGUUGGAUGGUGAUUUGGGCGAGGAUGGCGAUUCCAAGAUUGAAAAGUUAGGCAAGCUGACGGAGAGGUAUUGCGUUGUGUUGCAGACGAUCGCGAAGAAGCCGGAGGUCAGUGUGAGCGUGAGGGGGAAUAGUGAGGUAGAAGAUGGGAUUGAUAGAGGAUACGCAUGGGGUCAGAAAAGCUAA